CUGCCUCUGCCGGUGCCCAAUACCUGUCCCCACAUGUGCUUGCUUUUCUCUUUCUUCUUGCUUGCAGCCCCCCAGCUCCCGCCCCUCCUGCACCUGCCUCAGGCUUUCCCCAUCCGCAACAGUCCUCUCCACGUGUUUCCCACGCACCCCACUUCCGUGCCCUCCUCCCCGUCCCCCUUGUUCCUUAGCCUUCUGCCCCACGCCUCCUGCUCCUUUUCGGCUUCUGCCUGCCGCCUGGGAUGCUACUGGACCCCUGCCUUCUCCGCAUUCGUUCACCGGUCCGUCCGUCCAUCCAUCCAUCCAUCCUCCCUUCCUCCCUUCUGUCCAUCCACCCAUGCCUCCAACCCACCGUCCUUCCUGGGCCUCUUGCCGUACCUCUUGGCUCUCUUCCCCGAACCCCACCUUCUCCAGUCCCCUGGGUGCCUUUGGUGAUCGCGCUGGCAGCCCCCUUCUCCUGAUCUUUGUGUCCUGGGCCCCAGGGAGCACCUGGCCUCGUGGCCUUUGAGGUGACAGCAGGCAUCACGCCCCUGAAGAAGUUUACAAGUAAGAAGAGGCGUUGGAGGAGGGCCGCUCCGAGGGGCCUCUGAUGACACUUGUUCUCCUCUGAGACCGGACUCCCUGCUCAGUUCUGUCCAGCACUGCAUUUUCACCCACUUGAGAGUGGGGGCUGCCCCUGUCUCCCACAUGCCUAACCCACCACCCCUCAUAUCCGGAGAUUAUAUAAGGCUGUCAGCGGUCUUCUCCACCUCGAAAGGGACAAUUCUGUCAGUAGGCAUGGGAAGCAGACAUACGCGGGAGCCCUGGCCACCGGGACUGCCCCGUGCUGGGUGGGCAAGGAUGGGGCCAUUGUCAGGGUCUGGGUGCAUUGAGAACCGGAAAUGGAAUCAGCCGGUUUGGUGACUCAGAAUUGAUUUUUUUUUUCCAAGGGACAGGGAGGGGGCGUAGAGGAGGGAGGGGAGAGGAGUCAGGUAGGGGGAUGGGGCAGGAGCUGCUUUGCACAACUAAGAUCCACCCAGAAAGUGAGAGGUACAAGGGCAGCCCUUGCCCAAAACCCCCAAAGAGGGAAGGGGCUCGCAUCACCGACCAAGGGGACUUGGAAGAUGCCAGAGGCCCCAGGACAUCAGCUUCUCUGCUCUGUGGCCAUCCUCCCCGUGCAGGACCCGAGAAGCUGGGUGUAGCUUUGACAGUGCCAUGGUAACCCAGGUGGAACAAGAUUGAGUUGGUGGGGAUGGGGACCUGGGAGAGCUUCUGUUAGGGAUGCCACGGAGUAGCAGAAAGGACCCAUCUGAGAAAUCUCAAGAAGGGACCCGGAGAUCUAUAGGAAAAUACGUUCAGGACUAUUUCCCAUCUAAGUGGGGAAGAUACUGACUCACAGUCAUGCAAGCAUUUGGCCGUGGGACCCUGAACCUCGCCUUGGAGUCUGUAGGAAAGGUGGCUGGAUGCCUCCUAAUGGCACCAGUUCCCUCCAGAGUAGCAGGUGGAGGAAGCAUGAGCCACUGCAGGCUCCCCGAGUGGUGCUGAGCGUCCGGAUCUCGUCAGGGAGUGUGGCUUCCUACUGCCCCGCUGCAGGCUGCAGGCCCCGGGCGGGUAGGAGAUAGAGGGGGCUGCUGGGAAGGAGGUGGUCCUUCUGAGCUGUGUUUCUCCUCCAGGGGCUGAGCUGGAGGAGACUAACAAAAGCACGAAGAAGUUGGAUGCCAUGACCCUCAUUAAAGAAGACAUGUCCAUCUUCGGGCACUGCCCGGCCUACGACGACUUCUAUCUGGUUGUGUGUAACCACUGCAGCCAAGUGGUGAAGCCUCAAGCUUUCCAGAAGCACUGCGAAAGAAGACAUGGGCCCCUCAGCAAGCUUUACGCCCGGGCCCCACCCCCACCUCCAGCCCCUGCCAGCUCUCAGAAAUGCCAUGUAGUGAAUGGGCAGGGCCCCGCUUGUAGGGCCCCAGGUUCCACCAAAACCUCCUCCAGGGAGAAGGGCCAGGGGUCCCGGAGCCGUGGCCACCCACCACCCGAGAAGAGCCAGAAGGACAGCCUCUGCCUGUUCGUGCCUGUGGUGAAUCUGGAGAAGAUGUCUGGUCUCCCGAAGCCCGACGGCCCCGGCGUCAGGGUGGCCCCGCCCUCCGCCUUCCUCAGCCAGCCCGGCAGCCUCCCCAAGGACGCCCCUGGGAAGCCCCCCGUGGCGCCCCCUCCUAAGGAACUUCCUGGCAGAGAGAGCAUCAAGAUACCCCCCGGCGAGGGCCCCGGUCACCGGGCUGACGGCAGUCCCCCUGAAAAGGAGCCUGGUGGGGCCAGGCCGCCCCCUAAGACCCACCGGAAAAUGGCCCGUGAACCCGGCACCGGGCGCCUCCCACAGCCGGACCCCUGGCACCCAGAUGUCUGUGGCUGCUCCUGUGUUUUGAUAUGUGUUGCCCUGUUUGGGGCUUGGCGUCCCAUAAGGAAGACCAAAAAGAUCUGCACCCGCCUGCUGACCUGCAAGAUCCACUCGGUGCACCAGCGCCGGGAGGUCCAGGGCCGGGCUAAGGACUUUGACGUGCUGGUGGCAGAGCUGAAGGCCAACUCCCGCAAAGGGGAGUCCCCGAAGGAGAAGAGCCCGGGGCGCAAGGAGCCGGCUCCCGAGCGCCCCUUCCAGGAGCCCCCCUCCUCAGCCCCGGUUGUGGCAGCAGCGGUUGCUCCCAGCAGCGCCUUCUCUGCUCGUGCCAAGCAGACCUAUCCCUACUGUGCGCUGCCCAGGUCCCGGGCCUCCUCUGAGAGUGAGUUGGAUGAUGAAGGCCCCUGUGGUGGUGAUGGGGACCCAGGCCUGUUCCCCUUCCCCCUGCCCCGGGGUGGGGCCCAGGCCUCCAGCGAGGAGAGUGAGGAGGAGGGGACAUCUGAUGACCUCCACCUCCCCCCUGACUGCCAUUAUGCCACCCGGCCCCCCAGGCCACAGGCGUUCUGCACCUUUGGGAGCCGGCUGGUGAGUCCAGGGUGCUACGUGUUCAGCCGCAGGCUGGACCGCUUCUGCUCGGCGCUGAGCUCCAUGCUGGAGAGGCACCUCAGCUCGCACAUGUGGAAGAAGAUCCCACCGGCAGCCGAGCCUCCAUCCCACCUUGCCAGCUCCCUGCUCCCUGCUCCCCCGAGCCCAGCCGCUAUGGGCAGCUGCCCCCACCUUCCGGGCCCACCCCCCAGACCUGCUUGCCCAGCUUCCACGCCCCCCACCAAGGACAGCCUGGCCCCCAGCUACCCGGCCGGCUCCCCCAGUGUGGCAGCCGCCUGCAGCCAGGCGGAGUGCAUGGGCGGGAGCCAGGCCAUCACCUCGCCACUGCCUGCCAACACGCCCUCGCCGUCCUUCAGCAAGCUCCCGCCUUCCAAGGCCAGCAAGUCGUCCAAAGGCAAGGACGGGGCCGAAGUGGAGGCGCCUUCCCGAAAGCGAAAGUUGUCCCCCGGCCCCACGACUUUCAAACGGACCUGCAUCCUGGAGCCCCCGGGCAAAGGCAAACCCUCCGGCUGCCGGGGCCUCUCCGCCAAGACUAAAACCGCGCUGGGCGUGGGGCUCAACGGGACGGUGGGGCCGAGAGUGAAGCGGGCCGGGCCCCUGGACUGUCGGGGUUCCCCUCAUCAGCCGCCCACACCGGUCAAGGCCUCUCAGCUGGACAGCCCGGGCGCGGCCGGCCACCCAGCCAAGGCCCUGCCGAGCACCUGCCUCUCCGAGGAGGAGGCGGCCAAGAAGCGGAAAAACCUGGCCACGUACUGCCGGCCAGUGAAGGCCAAGCACUGCCCCCCGGGCCCCCCCGCCGACGCGGCCUGCUCCGUGCGCCGCAAGAAGCCGGGGCCCGCCAUGGCCUUUGAGGAGAAGUGUUCUGCACUGAAGUCAAAAGCCCAUUAACGAGAAAGUGCCUGCCCGCUGCGAUGGAGCCGCCAGCACCUCCUCCCCUCCAGAUCCGGGCCCCAGGCUGCUGCCGCUUUUUAUAACUUUAUAUUAUUUUUUUUAAGAAAAAAAAAACCUCUUUAAAAUACCUCAA